AUGAUACCUCUUGUUGCUUGUUUAACCCUCUUCAUUGGUCAUCAUCGUGAACUUGUUCCUACGAACAAUGGACUUACCAUAGGGGCAACGACUUUCUUCGGACUCGUUGCGUCUUUGCCUUUUGGUCUAGCUGCUGGGCCUAGAUACGUUCCAAAAUGGAAGAAACAAGCUUGCGAGAUCCCAGCGUCGCAGCAUCCAAAUUCUCAUUACGUUUGUGACGAAGCCGGUGAAGUGAAAUGUUUGUUAGGUUGGACCGGUGAUCUGUGCGACGUACCAAUUUGUCGAAAAGGUUGCGAUCCCCUUCAAGGUUUCUGUCGACGUCCGGGGGAAUGCAGGUGCAAGAUCGGCUUCUACGGCGAGCUCUGCGAUAAAUGCGUGGCUCUACCUGGUUGCCAACAUGGAAGGUGUAACGUCAGUUUCGAGUGUGCCUGCGAUCCUGGAUGGAAAGGAUUGUUCUGUUCGGAACCGAUUUGUGCACACGAUUGCCUACCGAGUCAAGGAUAUUGCAAUAAGCCAGGAGAGUGCAGGUGCCGGUUAGGGUGGCAAGGACCAAGAUGCAAACAGUGCGCCGUUUUACCAGGAUGCGUUCAUGGAACUUGCCAAGGACCAUUGGAAUGUCGAUGCGAACCUGGCUGGACUGGGCUAUUGUGUCAAACUCCUAUUUGCGCAACGGGAUGUAGCAAGGAACACGGUGGAUGUCGUCGACCCGAUACAUGUAGGUGUCGGGUUGGUUGGACUGGUCAAAAUUGUACCGAAUGCGUCCCGUAUCCAGGAUGCCUCCACGGAUCCUGUAAAAGGCCCUGGGAAUGUAGAUGCGAUUCUGCUUGGGCUGGCGAUCUUUGCAAUGAGAAAUUAACUUAUUGCGACGAUAAUUCCAAUGUCUGUCGAAAUAACGGGACUUGUGUCAGCAUGACACCGGAAGACGGCGAUUAUAGAUGCAUUUGUCCAAUCGGUUAUAUGGGUCGUCAAUGUCAAAUUAAAACGACGAUGCCAUCGACCGAGUUGACACCUCCCAUGCCAGAUCCAGGAUCGAUCAAUUCGCAAAGCGUAUCGAUUAAACCUCAAGUCGUCGGCAGCGAAGAAACGCAAACUGCGGAACCAUUAGGUCCCAUAGUAAUAACGGAUCCACCUUCGACCAUCGAUCCUUCGGCGACAGCUGGGAAAUGGCCAACCGAGCCGCCAACCGAGCCGCCAACCGAGCCGCCAACCGAGCCGCCAACCGAGCCGCCAACCGAGCCGCCAACCGAAGAUGACGAACAAAACGAGACUUGA